AUGGGGACACCUCAAACACCAUCAACCACCAUCAACCACCAUCAACCACCAUCAAACCUCAUCAACCAUCAUCAAACACCAUCAAACACCAUCAAACACCAUCAAACCUCAUCAACCAUCAUCAAACACCAUCAAACACCAUCAAACACCAUCAACCACCAUCAACCAUCAUCAAACCUCAUCAACCACCAUCAAACACCAUCAAACACCAUCAACCACCAUCAAACACCAUCAAACCUCAUCAAACCUCAUCAACCAUCAUCAACCAUCAUCAACCACCAUCAAACACCAUCAACCACCAUCAAACACCAUCAAACACCAUCAAACCUCAUCAAACCUCAUCAACCAUCAUCAACCAUCAUCAACCACCAUCAAACACCAUCAACCACCAUCAAACACCAUCAAACACCAUCAAACACCAUCAAACCUCAUCAAACACCAUCAAACACCAUCAAACACCAUCAAACACCAUCAACUAUCAUCAACCACCAUCAAACACCAUCAAACACCAUCAAACACCAUCAACUAUCAUCAACCACCAUCAAACACCAUCAACCACCAUCAAACACCAUCAAACACCAUCAACCACCAUCAACCAUCAUCAAACACCAUCAAACACCAUCAACCACCAUCAACCACCAUCAACCACCAUCAAACACCAUCAAACACCAUCAACCACCAUCAACCAUCAUCAAACACCAUCAAACACCAUCAAACCGCAUCAACCAUCAUCAAACACCAUCAAACACCAUCAAACCUCAUCAACCAUCAUCAAACACCAUCAACCAUCAUCAAACACCAUCAAACCUCAUCAAACACCAUCAAACACCAUCAACCAUCAUCAAACACCAUCAAACACCAUCAACCACCAUCAACCACCAUCAAUCACCAUCAAACACCAUCAAACACCAUCAAACACCAUCAAACACCAUCAACCACCAUCAAACACCAUCAACCAUCAUCAAACACCAUCAAACCUCAUCAACCACCAUCAAACACCAUCAAACACCAUCAACCACCAUCAAACCUCAUCAAACACCAUCAAACACCAUCAAACACCAUCAACCACCAUCAACCACCAUCAAACCUCAUUAA